GUGUCUCUAAUUUUUUUUUUAUGCUAAAAGAAAAGCUGGUUUCUUCCAGAUGUUUGCAUUUAGGCGCCCUGUUAACUGCUGUAUAUGCCUCCGUGCUUUAAUAGGAAAAGGAGCUCUUUUUACUUGUUCUGGGAAUGUCCUUGCAGUCCAGUAAUGGAAGAAGAAUCAAGGCUUCAGUGAGAGAAAGGAAAUAGGGCAAAUGGAGAGUGAAAAGCUGAAACGAAAGGGGGAAAAAACAAAGUAAAAAAAAUAAAGUCUCCAGAAGACUGCUGGACUGGACAGUGAAGGCCUAGUGGAACACAGACAGCGGAAAACAUUGAAGUAACCUUUUUGUGAUAACAUUUAAGAGAAUGGAGUCGUAGUCUUCUGCUCACAGUGUGCAAGUUGUUCGUAAGAAGAGGAAAAUGAAAUACAGAGUGAUGGCCUCGGGAAGUGAAGGAAUACGGGUGAUGAUGGAGAGCGCUCUGACAGCGCGGGACCGUGUUGGAGUCCAGGACUUCGUCCUUCUUGAGAACUACACCAGUGAAGCAGCCUUCAUAGAGAACCUUAGGAAGAGGUUCAAGGAAAACCUUAUCUACACAUACAUUGGGUCAGUGCUAGUAUCCGUAAACCCAUACAAGGAGCUUGAGAUAUACACCAAACAGCAUAUGGAACGCUAUAGAGGUGUCAAUUUCUAUGAGGUUUCUCCACACAUAUACGCAAUUUCAGACAAUUCCUUUCGGGCAAUGAGAACAGAGGGUAGAGAUCAAUGCAUUCUAAUCUCUGGAGAAAGUGGUGCUGGAAAGACUGAGGCAUCAAAGAAAAUUUUGCAAUACUAUGCAAUAACCUGUCCAGCUAGUGAGAAAGUGGAGGCAGUGAAGGACAGGUUGUUGCAGUCCAACCCAGUCCUAGAGGCUUUUGGAAAUGCCAAAACCCUCCGCAAUGACAAUUCAAGUCGUUUUGGAAAAUAUAUGGAUGUUCAGUUUGAUUUUAGGGGUGCACCAAUAGGAGGACACAUCCUAAACUAUCUGUUAGAGAAAUCCAGGGUAGUUCAUCAGAAUCAUGGUGAGAGGAACUUUCAUAUCUUCUACCAGCUGAUUGAAGGAGGUGAAGAAGAUCUACUGCGAAGGCUUGGUCUGGAAAGGAAUGCUCAACAGUACCAAUAUCUUGUAAAGGGGAACUGUCCCAAGGUGAGCUCCAUCAACGACAAAAACGAUUGGAAGAUAGUAAGAAAGGCUGUUUCAGUUAUUGGGUUCAGUGAUGAUGAAGUGGAGGAGCUCUUAAAUAUCAUUGCCAGUGUUUUACACUUGGGGAAUGUACAGUUUGGAGAAGAUGAGCAGAAUAACUCCCAGAUCACUACAGAAACACAAAUUAAAUAUUUGGCAAGGCUUCUUGGAGUGGAGGGUGUCCUUCUGAAGGAAGCAUUAACUCACAAAAAAAUUAUUGCCAAAGGUGAAGAGCUGGUCAGCCCCCUUAAUCUUGAACAAGCAGCCUAUGCUCGUGAUGCUCUUUCAAAAGCUGUAUAUGGUCGCACUUUCUCCUGGCUUGUCAGUAAAAUCAACGAAUCUUUAUCUUAUAAGGAUCCAGUGUAUCCUGGUCGCAAGAGUGCAGCUGUGAUUGGACUGCUGGACAUUUAUGGAUUUGAAGUAUUCCAGAAUAACAGUUUUGAGCAGUUUUGCAUCAAUUACUGCAAUGAGAAACUUCAACAGCUGUUUAUUGAGCUGACCCUAAAAUCAGAGCAAGAAGAAUAUGAAGCAGAAGGUAUUACGUGGGAGCCAGUUCAGUAUUUUAACAACAAGAUUAUCUGUGAUCUAGUAGAAGAGAAGUUCAAAGGAAUCAUCUCCAUUCUUGAUGAGGAGUGCCUUCGUCCCGGUGAUGCUAGUGAUCUCACAUUUCUUGAGAAGUUAGAGAACACAUUAGGAGGACAUGCCCACUUUGUCACGCACAAACUGGCAGAUGGGAAAACACGAAAGGUGCUAGGUCGUGAGGAGUUCAGACUGUUGCACUAUGCUGGUGAAGUCAACUACAAUGUUAAUGGUUUUUUGGAUAAGAACAAUGAUCUGCUCUUCAGGAACCUAAAAGAGGUGAUUUGUCAGUCAGAAAACAAGAUCCUCAAUAAAGUUUUUGACAGGGGAGAACUGAGUGACAAAAAGCGACCAGAGACGGCUGCCACUCAGUUCAAGAACAGCCUGGCAAAGCUGAUGGAAAUCUUAAUGUCUAAGGAGCCCUCGUAUGUUCGCUGCAUAAAGCCCAACGACGCCAAACAGUCAGGCCGCUUCGAUGAAGUUCUGAUUCGACACCAAGUGAAGUAUCUUGGGCUUAUGGAGAACUUGCGAGUGAGGAGAGCUGGCUUUGCUUAUCGACGCAAAUAUGAGGUCUUUUUGCAAAGGUACAAAUCGUUAUGUCCAGAAACUUGGCCAAAUUGGAAUGGUCGGUUAGUGGAUGGGGUUGCUACUUUGGUCAAGCAUCUAGGAUAUAAACCAGAAGAAUAUAAACUUGGAAGAUCAAAGAUUUUUAUUCGAUUUCCAAAGACCCUCUUUGCAACAGAAGACGCUUUAGAAAUCCGCAAACAUAGUCUGGCUACAAAACUUCAAGCCUCGUGGCGUGGAUAUGCACAGAAAUCGAGAUACCAGAAGCUACGAACAUCAGUUAUUGUGAUUCAGGCAUGGUGGCGAGGGGUGCUGGCCAGAAGAAAAGCCGCACGUAGGAAAUGGGCUGUAGAGACUAUCCGCAGGUUUAUUAAGGGGUUCAUUUACCGCCAUGAAAUGCGCUGCCCAGAGAAUGAAUACUUCUUGGAUUAUGUGCGCUAUUCUUUUCUGAUGAACCUGCGGCGCAAUCUGCCAAAGAAUGUCCUAGACAAAUCUUGGCCCAUGCCACCCCCAGCACUGACUGAGGCUUCUGAGCUACUCAGGACAAUGUGCAUGCAAAAUAUGGUUUGGAGUUACUGCAAGAGAAUUAAUCCAGAAUGGAAAAACCAGCUUGAGCAGAAGGUCAUUGCCAGUGAAAUCUUUAAAGAUAAGAAAGACAACUAUCCUCAGAGUGUGCCUAAACUAUUUGUAAAUACUCGUGUUGGUAGUGAGGACAUCAACCCCAAAAUUCUUCAAGUACUAGGAAAUGAAAAAAUGAAGUAUGGAGUCCCAGUCACCAAAUAUGACCGCAAGGGUUAUAAAGCCAGGUCCAGACACCUGCUGCUCACCCAGAACAGUGCCUUCAUUGUGGAAGAAGCCAAAAUUAAACAACGGAUAGAAUAUUCAACUUUGAAAGGGAUGUCUGUAAGCUCCCUAAGUGAUGGUGUUUUUGUCCUUCAUGUGUCUUGUGAAGAUAACAAGCAAAAGGGAGAUGUGAUCCUUCAGAAUGAUCAUGUUAUUGAGACUCUGACAAAAAUUGCGAUAUGCUCUGACAAGGUGAACAAUAUCAACAUAAACCAAGGAAGCAUCAAGUUUACUGUUGGUCAUGGGAAAGAAGGAAUCAUUGACUUCACCUCUGGUUCGGAGCUAUUGAUAGCCAAGGCUAAAAAUGGACACCUUUCUGUGGUUGCUCCACGCCUGAAUUCCAGAUGACCUACCAGCUCAAAGCAAAUGUUUUAUUAAUGAAGAAGGUAUAUGAUUUUGAUGCCAACAACCACGAACAUCUGACCAAGCAUAUUCCAUUGUUUUAUUUAACAUGAUUAUUCACUGUCUCCCAUUCAGCUCUCUGACACCAAAGGCCUAUGCUUUCAAAUUGCAAAAAGAACUUUAAGAAGAAAAUUAAGUGCAAUUUCAGUUAUAUACUGGACUGUGAACCAGCUGCUCUUAUGAUGCAUCUAGCUGAACAAAGGCACUAUAUUAAUGGAGCCCGAUUAUCAAAACAGGCUGAACCAGAAUGUGUAUUUUGUAACACUGGCAAGACUGGGAUGUUUCACCUACUUUUGGCAAUCUAAGCAUGGUUCUUUGAAUUAUUUAGCAAUAGUCAAAACAGUCCAGUGUCUUUCUUCUUAUUUUUUUUUCUUGGUGCCUCCAGUUCAAUUUUCCCCACUAGUCCGGCCCCCACCCCACCCAAAAGAGACUCACCAAAGGAGCAGUCAGGAAUGAUUAUGCAGUGAGGUUAGAAUUCAGUUGUUUUAAUUAUACUUUUGAAACAGUUAAUUUAGGAAGUUAUUUAUGGGAUGCAAAGAAGCCAGACAUCCAAAGAUGUUGGUGGGUAACACUCUCCAAAGACAUAACACACAGCAGACCUACGUAUUCAGUGUUUAUUUAGAGUAAUUCACUAUACAUCCAGACUUUGAGACACUACUUCAAGGUCACCAGUCCAAUUCCAUUGAGAUCCCAAUAAAACGUGCUAAUGUCAUCUAAAUGGGGGGAAGAAGUGUGUUUUCCCUCAAAAAUGUACUUGUUUCUGUUAUAGCUUACUUCAGUAUACAAUAUCUUGUGCAGCUAUGUAUUUUUCUAAUAAAUAGUGAUUUUAUAGGCUUAAUAGGAGGCAGUUUUAUGGCUCCUUCUUGUAUGUGGUUAGUAAAACAGGUCUCUUGAAACAGCUUUGGAUCAUUUGUGUUCAAGAUGAUUGAAGCUAAACUCAAGGCUUAUUUUAUUAAAGAGCCCAUGUAGUUAACAUGACCCUUGUACUGGCUUCAUUUGGAUAUUUUUAUGUAUUCUAUAAAUACUUCCUUCCAAACCAAUACUUUUUGCUUCACAUUUUCUCCUUCCUUCACAUGCUUAUGCAUAAAUGUAGCCUUGCAGUAACAUCUGUUGAAUGUUCAAAUUCAAAUAUUUUGAAUUUUUGCUCCUUAAAAAGAAAGCAUUUUUGAUCUUUACUCAUUAGCACUUUUUCUACUCUUUGCAUUAAAAAUUCUGGAAAAGCAAGUAAAAGGAAAAAUAAGAAGCUGAAUGAAAUGCUAUAUUAAAGAUGAAUAUUAAACAAUAAGCCAUAAGUACUUUGAAAAUGUACAUGCAUUAUACUUGUAUACUGUUUAUAAUAUGUGCAAUAAUUAAAACAUUACAUUUUAAUGACGACUUUUUUUUUUUUUUUUGCAUAAGCCACCUGCAUUUUUUGAAGGCUGUACACUAACGAUGUCUUGCACUGUUUUACUGUUGUAAUGGAUAUUUGACCACCCCAUCUGUAUUCCACUUAACGACAUGCCAUCACCACUGUCCAGAUAUCUCACUGGUUUCCUUAUAGUAAUAAUGAUGCCAAGCAACGCCCAAAAGACAAACCAAUGAACAGUUGGUUUUCAUAUACCCUGCAGUUAGAGCAUAUUUAUUAAUUGUCUUAAGGGGUACAUUUACUUCAUGUAAUUUGAUGCAAUAUUAUAGUGAAGUAUUCAGAAAUCCCUCUGUCAAACAUAAUUAAAUGGGUGGGGGUGGGCACAAAUCUGGUAUUUAUCCCAAUGUCUGUAAAUCUGUAAAACAGUUUACAGAUGCUGACUAAUCAGUCAUACUACUUUGAAACAAGAUAGUAUUAAUAGUUGCAGUUGAGACAACCAUCUAACUGGGGCUCCUACAACCAAAGGCAAUUAAGUGAUAUGUAAUGAUUACUCAUGUGCUAAUUAAACCGGUGUGAAGAGACACCAUGCAGUUUGUAAGAGGAAGCUCUCUAUAAAUGCAGUAGCAGCUCUGAUUGAUUAGCAGCGGGAACCAUCCUUAAUGAUUACAUUAUUAAUGUGAAUUAAGUACUGAGGGCACUAACUGUGAUGUGUGGAACAAUGUAUUUUAGGAAAUGCUCUGUAACCAAUGAAUGAUUUUGUUCUUCCCCUCAGUCUUAAUUGUGGUAUUUCAAUAUGGAAUAUCAACAGAAAGAUGACUGUUUCAAAGCAGUGCGUUGCUGAAUGUCCUGCACAUGUUUUUGAUAAUGUUUAUUU